AUGUUGGCCGGUGUUCAUUUGCAUAAAGCCAGUAGCAAUCCAGUGCUGAUCAACAAUAGUCCUGUGCUAAACAGCUUGAAAGUCGCGGUGCAAGGGACAAAAAUGAUGUGGGAAAUCGCAUCGCCAGAGCAACGUGCCCGAAGUUUCGUUACUAUAUUUGCGACUCUGCAAGGGGGCUAUGAGAUGAUGUGUCACUCUUAUCAAGUUCUCGCUGCCAAUGUGAAUAUGAUACAGGAAGUUCCGCCACCUUUCGAGGGCAUGAAUGGCUUCGUUAACGGAUUCGCCCCUAUAGCAGUUCCAUACGGUGUACCUCCACCAAAUGUUGGCAUUUUGUCACCAGCAUCUUCUACUGCUCUCGGCGAAGAGAUGUCGCGCACAUGUCUUCGCCUUUCAAAUUGGCUUGUCGAUAGUCCACAAUUGGUCUCUGCGAUUCCACCUGAAUGCAGGCAAUCCCGUCUCUGGAUGCGACUGGAGGCGGCAGGUCGAGAGCUGAUGGGCUGCGAUAUAGUAGGAAGCCUUCUAGUUGUUGCCACGGAAGUCUCUCCUGCUCUUGGUAAAGCCCAUCGUAAAUUAGGUGAUUGGGCGUUCAGCUCAGCUGAAACUGCGGGCGAUGAGAAGGAUAAGCUGCUCUUUUACAAGAAUUAUCGCGUGCUUCUUGGAGAAAACGUGUCGGAGUCGGCUCUGGAUGGAUUAUGGAAAGCUCUGAACACGGCCAGCUCAGUCGCUCACUUGAGAGAAAGUGUUGUUGCAGCGAUGCCGAACGAUCUGGUCAUAGCUGAAAGGUUUACACAGCAUUAA